AUGACCAUCACCCUCGACCUCGACGCCGCUGCUUCAGACAGCCACACACGGCGCACACUCUCAGAUAUUUCUCUUUCCGUUGCAAAAGGAAAGAAAAUUGUUGUUGUAACUGGAGCUGGCAUUUCGUGUUCCUGUGGUAUUCCUGACUUCCGUUCCUCUGACGGACUAUAUGCCUUGGUCAAAGAACGUUAUCCCGACGUUGUUCUGAAAGGGCGGGACCUUUUCGACGCCUCUCUAUUUCGGGACGCCACAUCCACUGCUGUGUUCUAUACCUUCAUCUCGCAAUUGAAGCGCUCCAUCGAUGCGGCUGAUCCAGCACCAACUCAUCACUUCAUUAAAACCCUGGACACGAAGAAGAAACUUCUGCGUUCGUAUACUCAGAACAUAGACGGCCUCGAAGCGCGUGUGGGGUUGCUGGGGACGUCGUGUCAGGAGGCAAAAUCCAAUGGCAAGGGGAAAACGAAGAUUCGAACAAAGGACGUCAGAAACGUUCAACUACACGGUGAUAUUCACCGCGUUAGAUGCAUGGCGUGCUCGGCGGAAUAUCCCUGCGCUGAAGAGCACCUUGCGUUCUUCCAGAAAGGCAAUGCUCCGGACUGCCCAGAAUGCCUUCUGCGAUCCGAAGCUCGCGUUGCUCGGUCUGCUCGCGCUAUCCGUGUUGGUUCCCUCCGCCCUGCUAUCGUCCUUUAUGACGAGUCCCAUCCACUUGGUGACGACAUCGGCGCAAUUCACUCUGCCGAUUUAACAAGGAAACCCGACAUGCUCAUUAUUAUGGGUACGUCACUCAAAGUCCAUGGUUUGAAGAAACUCGUCAAGGACUUCGCCCGGACAAUUCACUCGUCCGCCUCCCCUUCGGCUGCGUCGAGUUCGAAGAAGCCCUUCAAGGUCAUCUUCGUGAACAAGACCCCUCCGGGCUCGGAGUGGCAGGAUAUCAUUGACUACCACAUAUUGGGUGAAACUGAUCGCUGGACGGAUAAAGUUAUCGAAGACUGGAAGAGGAUGCGACCUUCGGACUGGGAAAUUCAACAAACGUUGGUGGCCGGCGAAGAGGAAACUUCUAUGCUUGGAGGUCUCAAGACCGUUAAAUCUCUUGCACCAUCAUCGACGAAAGCAAGGAAGGUGCCAGAAAGAGAAAACAUCGCGCCUAUUCUGCCUGUCGAAGCCACAAAGAAACCUGUGGCGGACAGCAAGCCUGUUCCUCCCCUUUCUCCCAGCAAACGUCGGCAAAAGUCCUCCCACUAUGACAACGUUGACGCCAGCCCAACAAAGCGGCAGACAACAUCGAAUCACCGCCACGCUAUGCCUACUGGUGAGCGGAGGAUGCUCUUCAAAGAAAAGACCAACAGACCACCGCCGGUGUCCGAUGAUUUUGACAAGUCACAAAUGGACAUCAGCCUGUGUGAUAUGUCAAUGCGAGAUAUGGAGGACAAGCGCAAACCUCGUCCGAAAGGUCCAGAUGCUUCAGAGAUGGACAUUAGCUUUCUCGAGCUGUCUGUCAUGGAGGUCGAACAGCUCGUUGAGGAUCUGCCUCCUCCGAAGGCGUUGAGGAAACUAGCAUCGAAAGCCCAAGUUGCUCAAGAGUCUCGUCGACGUCCAGCCGCGAAGAGGAAAGCAAAGGGUGUCACGGUUAGAUAG